AUUAUGACUUCCUCCAUGGUGUCCUGCUCAUCUUCAUCCCAUCUUCCCUUGAGCGUCCUCCUCCUCCUGUCUCCUGUUCUCUCCUGUCAGAUCGGGAACCACAGCGAGUGUGAUGCUGCUCCAUUUGUACCAGGCCACAACUUGGUGGGAGAGGGCUUUGAUGUGGUCACACUGCAAAGGAAAGGGGCUUACGUGAUUGACUCGAAAACUUACCUCACUCCAAGCAGAACCUGCACACUCUGCUCCAACCCUCUCCAAGGCAGAAGGCUGCAGAAACUACCAGUUUCUGUGGUGGACUGGCGUGCAUUCAGCCGAUGCAGUGCUGAUAUCUACAGCAGUUAUCACACAUCUAGCAGUUCACUGAUCAACACUUACACAGCCCAAGAGAGCAAUGACUGGAAGGUCGGUCUGGAUGUUGAAAAGUAUGUAUCUGCUGGCCUGGAGGUGGGAGGAACAAGCUCCGCCACUUACAACUUUGCUUCCCAAAGGACCAGAGAGGACCGCUACACUUUUAGUGCACACAGGGUGACCUGUAGCCAUUAUGGCUACCGCGUCUCAACGAGACCACCCUUCAGCUCUGAGUUCACAAAGGAUGUGUCCAGGCUGCCAAGUCACUACAACUCAUCCACCUCAGUUCUGUUUAAGGAGCUCAUCAACACCUAUGGCACACACUACAUCCGACAGGUUAAUCUUGGGGGACGACUGAGACGAGUGACAGCUUCACGAACCUGUUUGUCCUCACUGAACGGGUUAACCUCCAACGAGGUCCACUCCUGUAUAUCAGCGGGUGUUGCUGUUGGUUUGGGGAAAUUUAAGUUAUCCAGUGUCCAAAAGUCUUGUAAAAAAGUCCUAGAGAACCAGGAUGUCUCCACUGGUUUCAGCUCGGGUUUCCACCAACACUCCACAGAGGUAUCAGGAGGCAAUGGAUGGUUGGGGGAGUUUUCAUUAACUCAUAAUGAUUCCUUGGGUUAUAUGACAUGGCUGGACUCACUGAAUGACCACCCAGACGUUGUUUCAUACUCCCUUCGGCCAAUUUAUCAACUCAUGCCAAGUGAGACACAGAAGGCAGGGAUGAAGGCGACUAUUGAGAAGUACUUGGAAGACAAUGCUGUUAAGAUAUCCCCCAAAGAACCUGAGUGUGAUGGGUCUACACCUAACCUGGCCUUCAACUGCUGUCCUAUGGAGGCCUCCAGGGGGACUUUGACAGUGACCAUUGUCCGGGCCUGGAAUCUGAAAGGAGAUUUAACUGGGAACACUGACAGCUAUGUCAAGAUGUGGUAUGGUUCUAUGUAUCGCAGGACCCAUAUGAUCCGAUCAAACAAUCCCUGGUGGAACGCUCAUUAUAAUUUAGGCCAGGUGAACACACAAUUUGGAUUGAGGAUUGAGGUUUGGGACGAGGACUUGAAGCACGAUGACCUUCUCGGGUCAUGUGUGACGUACCUGAGCCAGGGGUCACACAGCUUCACCUGUCCAGCUAAGAGAGGCGGCAUCGAAGUCAAAUAUACUCUGAGCUGUGACCAGUAUCUGACUGGUAACAGCUGUGAUCGUUAUAAACCAAAUCCACAGAAACAAACAUCCCUGGGAAGACUGCAGGGUUUUCUUUGA